AUGGCGGAGCGGCUCCCGCCGGGCCCCCCCCCGGUGAUUUUUUGCCAGGACUCCCCGAAGCGCGUCCUGGUCUCCGUUAUCAAAACCACCCCGAUCAAGCCCUCCUCGGCGGGGAGUGGGGCCGAGGAGCCGAUGCCCGUCCCACCCGUCCCCACCAGCCCCGGCUUCAGCGACUUCAUGGUCUACCCCUGGCGCUGGGGCGAGAACGCGCACAACGUGACCCUCAGCCCCGGCGGCAGCGACAGCACCGCCGGCCCGUCAGCCCUGCCGCCGCCCCGCGGGGGAGCGGGCAGAGUCCCCGGCGGGGACGAGGAGAAGGCGGGGAGCCCGGGGAGCGGCGGGCGGCUCCGGCACCUGAAGGAUGGAAUAAGACGCGGCCGUCCAAGAGCAGACACCGUCCGAGACCUGAUCAGUGAAGGAGAGCACUCUUCCAGCAGGAUACGCUGCAAUAUUUGCAACAGGGUCUUUCCACGAGAGAAGUCACUGCAAGCCCAUAAACGAACUCACACUGGUGAAAGGCCUUAUUUAUGUGAUUACCCAGAUUGUGGGAAAGCCUUUGUACAGAGUGGGCAGCUCAAAACUCACCAGCGUCUCCACACAGGAGAGAAGCCUUUUGUCUGCUCAGAGAAUGGCUGCUUAAGCAGAUUCACACAUGCAAACCGUCAUUGUCCCAAACAUCCCUAUGCCCGACUGAAGAGGGAAGAACUCACAGACAGGCUGAGUAAGAAGGAGACAGCUGACAAUAAAGCUGUGGCCGAGUGGCUAGCGAAAUACUGGGAGACUAGAGAGCAGCGUGCUCCUGCUUUGAAGACCAAAGCAAUCCAGAAAACAGAUCAGGAACAGCAGGACCCAAUGGAGUAUCUUCAGUCUGAUGAAGAGGACGAUGAAGAGAAAAACAGUGCUCAUUCAGCUGCCCGCCACCGUCGCCUCCAGGAGCAGCGUGAACGCAUGCAUGGCGCGCUGGCGCUCAUUGAGCUGGCAAACUUAGCUGUGGCACCCCUGCGACAGUAGAUAGGAGGAGCAGUCUCUGCCCAUUAAAAA